CGUGCAGUAAACCUCUUUGUGCUGGUCUUAGUGAAACGCAGCACGUGGUGAACGCGGGCGGGGAAGAGAAAUGGCCGCCGGUCGCUUAUAAGCGUCACAACAGAUCCCAGCCAGGAUACAUCGGAUAAUGCCCUUUUCACCCCAUUGGACGACGAAUAUGACUCACUUAAAUGUCAAGAAGGAUCACUUCCAAAGCCCCUAAACCUGUUAAAUCUGGACGAGCAGUGAUUUUACCAUCGUGGUACCAAAGCAGCCAGUCAUGUUGGAGCCUGGACCUGUGGAUGAGGGAGUGUUGUGUUGUCCAUCGUCGCUUGUUCACCAGCCGGAUUUGUGCAGAGAAACACAACAUCCGAAUGUAUUUUAUGUGGCAACUGGCUUCUCCUGCAGACUACCUGGCGUGCCUGCUGAUUGUGGCCAGGAUGACCGGUCAUGGAUAAUACUAUUGAGCUAUCCACAUCCCUGAUUUCUUGGGAAAUGUGUCGUUACUUAAUAGAAUUUUAAAUCUGAGGCAAAAUGAAGGAAUUAAGCACAUCUCAACACUUUAGACUUUACAAAGACAAAGGAAUUUCAUCUGUUGAAAGUCUGAACCCAGCGGGUUAAAAACUGUAAGAAUAAACAAGUAUUAAAAAAAAAGAAGAAGAGUUCGAUCUUCCAGAAUGCAUUGUCCGAGGAAGAAACGUCCCACGCGCGACUUCUCGGCUAUCGCGGUUCCCUCGAUGCAUGGGUCCGGCUGCCUUGACUACACAAUCGGGAGCCAUUCUUCCAAAGCCCUGCAGGCCAUGGAGGAAUUCAGACAGCAGGAGAUGUUGUGUGACCUGGUGCUGCAUGUCACAUACAAGGAGAGGACGGUGGACUUCAAGGUGCACAGGCUGGUGCUGGCGUCGUGUAGCCCAUACUUCAGAGCCAUGUUCACCAGCAGCUUCAAAGAGCGCCACGCCUCGGAGGUGACCCUGCGCGACGUCUGCCCUCAGGUGGUGGGAAGGCUUAUUGACUUUGCCUACACCUCCCACAUCACAGUGGGAGAAAACUGUGUGUUGCACGUCCUCCUAGCGGCCAUGAGGUACCAGAUGGACGACGUGGCAAAAGCUUGCUGCGAUUUCCUGACUAAGCACCUGGAGCCUUCCAAUGUCAUCGGUAUCGCCCGCUUCGCUGAGGAGAUAAGCUGCAAGGAGCUGCACCAGCGCAGUCGAGAGUAUAUCAACACACACUUCAAUGAGGUGAUUAAAGAAGAGGAGUUCUUCAGCCUCUCUCACUGCCAGCUGCUGGAGCUCAUCAGUCAGGACAGUCUCAAAGUGCUCUGUGAGUCUGAGGUGUAUAAGGCCUGUACAGACUGGGUCGGCUCGGAUAUGGAGGGCCGAGCGCAGUACCUGCAUGCCCUCCUGAACGCCGUUCAUAUCUACGCCCUGCCUCCUAAGUUCCUAAAGAACCAGCUGCUGUCCUGCCCGAUCCUCAGCAAGGCCAAUUCGUGUAAGGACUUCCUGUCUAAAAUCUUCCAGGAUAUGACUUUAAGGAAGCUGCCUCCUGCACCUAACCGUGGAACGCAGCUCAUCUACGUCGCUGGCGGAUAUCAGAAGCAUUCACUGGACACCAUGGAGGCCUAUGAUCCCAGGAGGAAUGUGUGGCUGAAGCUGUCCAACAUGGGGUCAGCAUGUAGUGGUUUGGGGGCCUGUGCACUGUUUGGACUCUUCUACACUGUUGGAGGCAGGAACAUGUCUCUUCAAAACAACACCGAGUCGAGCGCCCUGUGCUGCUACAACCCAAUGACCAACCAGUGGAGCCAGAGAGCGUCCCUCAGCAUCCAGAGGAACAGGGUCGGGGUGGCCGUGGUGGACGCCUGCAUCUACGCGGUCGGAGGCUCGCAGGGAUCCAGCCAUCAUAACACGGUGGAGAGGUGGGACCCAGAGUCUAAUCGCUGGUCCUUUGUUUGCCCGAUGUCGGUGGCCCGUCUGGGUGCCGGAGUGACGGCGUGUUCGGGGGUUCUGUACGUGGUUGGUGGAUACGAUGGGCAGAACCGCUGGAACACUGCUGAGAAAUACCAGCCUGACAGUAACACCUGGCAGCAGCUGGCACCCAUGAGCACCAUACGCAGUGGACUGGGCUUGGUGUGUUUAGACUCACACCUGUACGCUAUAGGAGGUUAUGAUGGGCGGAGCCAGUUGUGUUCUGUGGAGUGUUACAAUAUAACCAGGAACCAAUGGGAGCCCAGGGCCGCUAUGCAGGACUGCCGCAGUGCACACGGGGUUGCAGUGCACCAGGGACGCAUCUUUGUCUUCGGAGGCUUCAACCAGCACGGCUUCCUGUGCAGCGUCGAGUGUUACUGUCCCGAAAGAAAUGAGUGGACGCGCGUCACCGACAUGCCGGUUGGGCGCAGCGGCAUGGGCGUCGCUGUUACCAUGGAGCCCUGUCCGCGCAGCCUGCCGGAACAAGAGGAGGACGAGGACGAGCUACAUGACGACGGGGACCAGAUGGGUUGAAGUUUCAAGUGUUGAGUACAUUUUUUUUUUAAGUGGUGCUGCUUUUCAAGAGAGGGUUAAGUGGAAAACCAUCCAAUACGGACCCCCUCAUACCUCCCCCCUCUCAUGGAUGCCGUGCGGUCGCCCUGUGGAGUACCGCAGACAUGUUCUGGAGGGAAGAGGAAGAAGAUUUCGGCAUCUCUAGUGGGGGACGAGUGAUUCGGCAAAAACUGGUAGCAUAACGGUGGCGUCGGAAUGAGUUGACCCGUUCACACACAAUGGUACCAUUUGAUUAAGUAUUGUUAUUUCUCAGCGUUUUAAAAAAAAUCUCUUAGUGGCACAUUUUAUAUGUAACUUGACAAAGUGAAUGACUUUCGUUGUCCUAAUUUUUUAUUCGUCUGUUAAAUCACUACCUCUGUCUCUGUUUGAAUGAGCACCUUUCUUAUGUGUUUCCUUUAUGUUGGUGCCAAUAGUUUUACCCAAACUGCCAGUUUGUGUGCACUCAUCAUAUUUUAUUUUGUGUAAAUAAAAUGAAUCCACUGUGUUUCUGAACCCAA